ACACUUUUUUGACGAGGGAACAUAUUUUGACAUAACACCUGUUCCGGGUUCGGUAAUUAAUACGUUGCAGGCUAAAUUGGCAGUUUUGAACCGUCAAACAUGAACACUUGAUAUUUGUUUUGGUGCCUUUACAAUGGAGAGGGUGCCUUGCCUUCGCGUGUCGCAGUGUCACGCGCAGCAGCUCAGGAGAUGUCUACAGUCCACAGGGGCUCUUGAUCUGAGUUUGUCUUUACUGAAAGACUCCGAUGAGACCGUCCUCUUGCCCAUUUCCCCCUCCUGCCUGCCACAUCUUGAUCUGCUCUCUCUCAGAACAUCACUGGCUUCCGAUGGUACUUUUGAAAUAGUUUGGAGUCAGUCUCCUCUGCAGUCAAAGAAAGUGAGGACCGGUGCCAAUAAACUGGAGAACGUCCUGCGGGAGUUGUUGGAAUCCCGCGGUGAGACGUGGACGGAGGAGCUAAGAGGGGACCUGCCUCGCAGCUUCCAGAGGCACGGAGACCUGCUCCUGCUGGGGGAGCGAUGCUUCUCCCUGCCGCUGUGGAAGAAGAUGGCUUUUUCCCCCUUAGAUCAACAGUUAUGGAGCGCGGUGGCAAGAGGACUGGGGGCCAAGCGGCUGGCAAAGAUGAGUCGAAUAUCCAGAGACGGGUUCAGGUCUCCCGUGGUGACGAUGCUGGUAGGAGAACACAGCUGGGUGAAACAUGUGGACAACGGGAUUAGUUAUGAGUUUGAUGUCACGCGAUGCAUGUUCUCGGCUGGAAACAUAACGGAGAAGCUGCGGGUGGCUGGAUUUGACUGCAGAGGGGAGACUGUGGUGGAUCUGUAUGCAGGUAUCGGAUACUUCACCCUCCCCUAUCUGGUCCACGCGGGGGCCAGUCGCGUUCACGCCUGUGAGUGGAACCCCGACGCUGUUCAAGCUUUACAGAAAAACCUGGAGGCAAACGGGGUUUCUGACCGCUGCACCGUUCACCAGGGAGACAACCGACAACUCCAGCUGUGCGACAUCGCCGACCGGGUGAACCUGGGCCUCGUGCCGAGCUCCGAGGACGGCUGGCCCGUUGCCUGUCGCCUGCUGAACAGAACAGCGGGGGGCAUUCUGCACCUUCACCAGAACGUGACGUCCUCGCCGCCGGGCGCGAUCGCCGGCGCCGCCGCCCGCGGGACUUCCGGGAGGAGAGCCGACAGGGAGGCGUGGCGCGCCUGGGCCGACCACGCAGCCGGCCGCAUCGCCGCCCUGCUAGAGGAGGUCACGGGCGCCCGCUGGACAACGAACGCGCGGCGCGUAGAAGGCGUGAAGUCGUACGCGCCGCGUGUCCACCACGUAGUGCUGGACUUGGAGUGCAGACCCUCCUGAGCUGAGGAACACAAAGGGACGCCGAUCCAACGUCCCGCUGUCUGGAGAGAAAAAACGUUGUUUUUGGAGACGCUUCCAAUGAAACAAAAGAACAGCCGGGUUCUAUGGUUAUUCCAUUCCGUCAGGCGGUGAAAUCAACUAAUGUCGUGUCUUCAUAAGCCUUUUAUUUAUUCUACAAAUGCUGUUUUGUUGUUUUAAGAAACGCCCCGCUUCAGAACCAAGCAAAAAUGAUCCUAUCUGAAAACCGCAGAAAGCUGCCCCACAACCACGGCCUUAUCUGUCGGCCACUGGAUAACAGAGGUCAGGUUAAAGUGAUUUUGCUCAAGGGCAUCAGGCCGUUGCGCUCAACUCCCUGAAUCGCCCUCCGCUGGCGGUCGGCUGGAAUGAUAAAGCUGCAGGCUGAGACACGACCACAUCAGUGUGCUGGUAAUUACAGCAACACCCAGAAAUAUACAAAACUGCGAUAGAGAAAUGUGAGCAGGACACAUUAUAUACAUACAUAUAUAUAUAUAUAUAUGUAUAUAAACAUGCAGUAUAGCUCUGCUUUGCAAACGCAGAAAGUAGCAGCCAAUUGAACCCGUACUACGUGACCGUCACCUUCUGAGCUGUGCGUGAAGGAUUUAAGGAGGAAAAAGAGAGCGAGUGAGCGGAGGGACGGCCUUUAGCUCACAUACCUGGGGGUCAGCGACUGGAUUCUUAAGCUGCGAAAGGAUGUGAAUCAUGUGAUGGCCACUUCGCAGUCAGCAGGUCGGACCCCCGAUUUGAGAUGGGAGCAUUUGGGCCCAGAUAAGGGAUAUUUCUUCUGCAUGACUAGUGUUCAAACCUUCCACUAGAAAACACCGGAGCCGCUGUGGCUGAUCAACAUGUUACAAACACCGCCGCUGUUGUUGUUUUUCUUUUCCUUUCGUCACACGUCUGUAUUUGCUGUGAGGGGUUAAGAUGUGUCUGCACAACCUGCCAAAGGAACUACUCUCAGCACAGUUGGGUUUCUGAGAUCUGCCUUAACCAAAGCAGAAAUAUCCAUGUCCAUUCUCUGCCUCUACAUGCACGGAGGCACCUGGUUGUGCACAUUUAAUUAGCUGGGAGUGUUUCUGACAUAAACAUCAUGACUAAAAACAAAGAGACCAUAUGAAUCCAUAUGAAUGAAUAUCUCGCACUGACCUCUUGCAUUCCAGUGAGUGAGACUUUUAAACUAUAUAUAUAUAUAUA